AUGAAUAUACACGAGCAUCGGCGGCGGUUAGGGCUGCGCCGCUCGGUGGGCCGCUUAUGGCAUCACUUCUUUUUCCGUGAGUCAACCCUCUCCCUCUCCCCACCAAACCUAAGCUCCAAAAAGAGCAACCCCUCCAACAAAAUAAUUGAGUUAAUCAUGGCCGAACCCACCAACCCAGCGCUAACAGCGCCCUCGCCAGCCGCCAUUCCAGCAAGCGAGCCCCAAACCCAAUCCCUCCCUAUCCGCGACUCAAAACCCGCCAAGCCAGUCGCCAAAGACGCCGCCCCAACUGACGGCGCCGGCGACGCCGACAAAGCCCUCACACCAGCUGAACUGAAGAAAAAAGCCAAAGCCGAAAAGGCUGCCCGUCGCGCGCGCGAGAAGGUAGAGAAAGAGCAGGUUGGUGGCCCAGCUGGUGGUGCCGCGCCUGGUGCUGGCGGUGCCGGUCGUGGCGGUGCACCGGCCACGCCGAAGAAGGAUGCUGGUGCUGGUGCUGCGCAGAAAGGUGGGAAGGCUGCGCCUCCGCGUCGCGGGUCGGGACCUGUUGGCGCGGGUGCGCCUGCUGAACAGAAGCAAAAGAAGGAUGAUAAGAAGGUUGCUGUUUUUGGUCAUUUGUAUGGUCAGCAGCGCCGGACUACUGUUGCGGGUGCCGGCAAGGAGGUUCAUCCUGCUGUUCUGGCUUUGGGAUUGCAGUUGAGGGAUUACGUUGUUUGUGGUAGUAGUGCGCGUUGUGUUGCUACUUUGCUUGCUUUCAAGCGGGUCGUUGAAUCUUAUACUACCCCUCUGGGUACUUCGCUCGCUCGCCACUUGACCACACAUCUUUCCCACCAGAUUACAUAUCUUUCGACGUGUCGGCCUCUUUCGAUCACUCAGGGCAAUGCUAUUCGUGCUUUGAAGUUGGCUAUUGCUGGAAUUGAUCCUUCUACACCGGAGUCCUCCGCUAAGGCUACAUUGUGUGACUUUAUUGACAGCUUCAUCCGUGAGAAGAUUACUGUUGCCGGCCAGGUGAUUGCCGACAGCGCGGCGCAAAAGGUUCAGGAUGGUGAUGUGAUUGUGACAUUUGCUGGCAGUAAUGUUGUCAAGGAAACGCUUCUGUUAGCACACAACCAAGGCAAACGCUUCAGAGUUUCAAUCAUCGACUCGAGACCCCUGUUCGAAGGCAAGAGCCUCGCACGCGCACUCGCCAAGGCCGGAUUGGAUGUGCAGUAUACCCUCGUCCAUGCCACUACUCAUGCCAUCAAGGACGCUACCAAGGUCUUCCUGGGAGCGCACGCCAUGACAAGUAACGGCGGUCUGUACUCUCGUGUCGGUACCGCUCUAGUUGCCAUGUCCGCCAAAGAACGUGCCAGUGGCGUUGAAAUCCCCGUCAUCGUCUGCUGCGAGACUGUCAAAUUCACCGACCGCGUCGCUCUCGACAGCAUUGUCGUCAACGAAAUCGCCGAUGCCGAUGAGCUGGUCUCCUCCCUACCCCCUCAACAACUUACCGGCCUGCCGGACCCCGGAGCCAACUCCCCUGCCCCGAUUGACAAUAAGAAGGGCGGAAAACCUACCUCUGCCGCACCCACACCUGAGACAUCCGCUGCAUCAUCUUCAACAUCUCCGCUAGCAAAUUGGAAGGACACACCCAAUUUGCAGCUGCUGAACAUCAUGUACGAUGUUACACCUGCCGAGUAUGUCGAUAUGGUCGUCACCGAGAUGGGCAGUCUGCCACCUAGCGCCGUCCCCAUUGUCCACCGCAUGAGCACGAAUCUGUGA